AUUUGGCCCUUUUUUUUCUGUGCUCGCCAUCUCCCAUACGAUCCAUCGCCUGAGGAAUUCUGUACCACACUGUACCAUGGCGGAGGAGUUCGGCAUCGAGGUCUGUGUUUCUCCAAGCCUCCAUCUCGUCUCUGCUUUCCUCGCCAUGGAGCCAGCUGAUUCCUUACUUUCCAUGGCCAGGGAAUUGGGUGGCGGGUUAGUGACCGAGACAGUGCAGAAGUUCAUCUGGGAUCAUUGCAUUAGCAAAGCUCAAGAAAUGGGCAAUUUUCAUGUACCCUAUCUGAAGAAUUUUCUGAAGAAACUAAUAUCUGAAGUUGAAUCAAGUCAAGUUGAAGUGUUAGAUGAGUUCUAUGAAUUUUAUGCUCAUUACAUGGUUUCAUGGACGGAUGAGAAUCUGGGCAAAGAAAAUGCAAGGAUUUACAAAUUUAUUUCUUUUCUUUUUCCAGAUGGUUCUUCAAGUUGCCAAAAGUUGAGGAAAUUUAUGGUACCACUACAAUGCUCCCUCAACAUGCUUGAAGGUGAUACAGGGUGUUCAAUCUGGCCUUCAAGUCUAUAUCUUUCAGAAUUGAUACUCUCCUUUCCAGAUAUUUUCUCUACAAGAAAAUGUUUUGAGGUUGGUUCAGGUGUGGGUUUGGUUGGAAUCUGCCUUUCUCACGUCAAAACAUCAAAGAUAGUGUUAAGUGAUGGUGACCCAUCAACAUUAGCAAACAUGAAGGUUAAUUUAGAGUUGAAUGGCUUGUGCUGCCUCAGCUCUGCAACUGCUACACCAGAAAGAACAAGUGAAGAUUUUAAAACUGUGGAAUGCAUACAUCUGCCAUGGGAAACAGCAUCAGAAAGCGAACUCCAAGCUUUUGCACCAGAUAUUGUGUUAGGCGCUGAUGUAAUAUAUGAUCCAGUUUGUCUCCCGCAUCUUGUUCGUCUUCUUUCGAUUCUUUUGCACCCGAAGCAAAAUGAUAGUUCCACUCUAUAUUUUUCGAGGAGUGAACAUGUUGAUGAUGCAAAUCAUGGAAAGGAGGUAGAUGAUGGAAGCAAAUUGUGCUGCGAUGGUUUUGUGAGUUUUGGUUCGAGGGAUCGCCCAAUGGCUUUCAUUGCUUCCGUAAUUCGCAACAUCGACACGUUUAAUCAUUUUCUGGGUCUCGUAGAACAGGCUAAUCUUAGUAUCUGUGAUGUAACGGAUGAAUUUAAACCCUUGAAUUUACUUCCUUACAUGUACUCUUACAAUAGAUCAAGUAUUAGAUUGUUUACUCUGAAAUUCAAGUAGCUUUCUUUGGGAAAUCUUCUGGUGGAGGUGAUUCAUUUAUGGUCCACUCCGAGAUCGCUCAGCACCAGCCUUAUGUACUCUUUUGCGCAGAGAGAUGACGUGGAAGUGCUAGAUGAACCACUCUAUGCAAAUUUCCUUCGGGUGACAGGUUAUGAUAGGCCGUACCGUGAGGAGCUACUAUCCAAAAUGGAACCUGAUGGGAAUAAGGUCAUAAAGGAAGUCAUUUUUGCACCUGGAGAAAAGAAGUUCCGAUUUUGCAAGCAUAUAGCUAAACAAAAAGUACCUGGUUUGGCAAGUGAUUUGGUGAAGAAGGGAAUGCACUUCAUAUUGAUGAGAAAUCCACUUGAUAUUUUGCCAUCCUACGACAAGGUCAUUCCUGCAACCUUUUCUGAAUUGGGCUUCUCAGAAUUGGUAUCUGUUUACAAUGAGCUGAAAGAGUUGGGAAGACCCCCACCUAUCAUUGACGCAGCUGAACUUCAAAAGGAUCCUGAGGGAACCUUACGUGGUCUUUGUGAAGACCUUGGCAUUCCUUUUCAAUACAAAAUGCUGAAAUGGGAAGCUGGUCCAAAAGCAAUAGAUGGUGUUUGGGCUCCAUGGUGGUAUAAAACUGUACAUAAAUCAACAGCUUUCGAGGCAGGAAGAAAAUAUCCUUUGCCAUUCCCAUUUAAUUUAUACGAUUUGCUUGAGCAAACCCUACCACUCUACAACUUUCUUAGGCGCCAUGUGAAGCAAAAAUCACUUCUCCUCAUGUCGCCCUUGCCUACUCCUGAUCUUCCAGUUCCUGCAAAUGAGAAGCUACUUGCAUGGGUGGGCGAUGAGAUCUUACCUCGUGAUAGUGCAAAGGUUUCUGUGUUCGAUUCUGUUGUCCAAGGUGGAGACUCAGUCUGGGAAGGACUUCGAGUUUAUCGUGGAAAAAUAUUUAAGCUCGACGAACAUUUAGACAGGUUAUUUGAUUCGUCAAAGGCAUUGGCUUUCAAAAAUGUUCCGAGUAGGGAUGAGGUGAAGGAUGCAAUUUUCAGAACUCUAAUUCGAAAUGGAAUGUUUGAUAAUGCGCACAUCCGUUUAUCUUUAACACGUGGGAAAAAGGUCACUUCUGGAAUGAGCCCUGAGUUCAAUCUUUAUGGAUGCACCUUAAUUGUUCUUGCUGAAUGGAAACCCCCUAUAUAUGACAACACGAGUGGCAUCAGUCUAGUGACUGCCACAACACGUCGGAAUUCACCAAAUAAUUUGGAUUCGAAGAUUCAUCACAAUAAUCUUCUCAACAACAUUCUUGCAAAGAUCGAAGGAAACAAUGCGAAUGCUGGUGAUGCUAUCAUGCUUGACAAAGAUGGUUUUGUGUCUGAAACCAAUGCUACAAACAUUUUCCUAGUGAAAAAAGGAAAUGUUCUGACGCCUCAUGCUGAUUAUUGUCUCCCUGGAAUAACUCGAGCGACGGUCAUGGAUCUUGUGGUGAAGGAGAAGUUGGUAUUGGAGGAGAGAAGAAUCAGCCUAUCAGAGUUCCAUACUGCAGAUGAGGUAUGGACUACUGGAACAAUGGGAGAACUGACCCCAGUUGUGAAGAUUGAUGGUCGGGUGAUUGGCGAUGGACAAGUAGGAGCUGUGACAAGAAGAUUACAAAAUGCUUACAAGAAACUGACAGAAGAAUCAGGAGUUCCUAUUCCAACAUAUCAAGACACUAAAAAAUAAACAUCUUUCCACAAGGUGCCAUUUCCUUGCCACAAAUAAUGCAAUCAUCUUUGUUUGAAAAUGAGAUGGGGACUUUCUAAAUUUACAUGUAAAUGAAUGUUCUAGAAGGCUUCGCCUCGAAGUGGGGUACGGAUUUUGAACCUCGAGGCUUAUUUAGAAGAGGAAUAAUACACCGUGCUCAUGGUUAGGCUUAAAGUCUUUACGAUUGUGUAAUGUUAAAGAAGAAUAAUAUCAACCUAACUCAGCAUCCAUUCUUAAAAAAA